AACAUGGCGGCGGGAAGGGAGUGAGCGCCUCCGCGCUGCCCCGCGCCCGCAGAUUUCUCCAUCUUAUUAAAGAGAAACGAUUUUCUAUUUGGUAUAGCUUGAUGGUACCAUGCAAAAAUCAGAUCCUCGGAAAGAUGGAGAAAUUAACAUGCAGAGAAACUGACUUGUCAGAGGUCAGAGCAAGGUAUUGGUGGAUCCAGGGAUAAGUCCCAAACUUCUUAACAACUUGACCAGUGUUUAGUUCAUUGACUAUGCAGCCUAGUGAAAUAGACUGGAAUGAUGUCAGAAAACACAAAUAUGGUCAGCUAUUGGAGUCUGCAUCCCAACAUCAAGAAGCUACUGAUAUUCUGGAGUUAGGUCAUUUUACCUGGGACAAAUACCUAAAAGAAACAUGUUCAGUCCCAGCGCCUGUCCAUUGCUUCAAGCAGUCCUACACACCUCCAAGCAACGAAUUCAAGAUCAGUAUGAAAUUGGAGGCACAGGAUCCCAGGAACACCACAUCCACCUGUAUCGCCACAGUAGUUGGACUAACAGGUGCUCGCCUCCGCCUUCGCCUUGAUGGCAGCGACAACAAGAAUGACUUCUGGCGGCUGGUUGACUCAGCUGAAAUCCAACCUAUUGGAAACUGUGAAAAGAAUGGGGGUAUGCUGCAGCCCCCUCUGGGAUUUCGGCUGAAUGCCUCCUCUUGGCCCAUGUUCCUCUUGAAGACACUAAAUGGAGCAGAAAUGGCUCCCAUCAGGAUUUUCCACAAGGAACCACCUUCGCCUUCUCACAACUUCUUCAAAAUGGGAAUGAAGCUAGAAGCCGUGGACAGGAAAAACCCCCAUUUCAUUUGCCCAGCCACUGUUGGGGAGGUGCGGGGCUCAGAGGUGCUUGUCACUUUUGAUGGGUGGCGAGGGGCCUUUGACUACUGGUGCCGCUUCGACUCCCGAGACAUCUUCCCUGUGGGCUGGUGCUCACUGACUGGAGACAACCUACAGCCACCUGGCACUAAAGUUGUGAUUCCAAAGAGUCCCUUUUCUGCGUCUGAUGUGAACACUGAGAAGCCCAGCAUCCACGGCAGCACCAAAAUUGACUUGGAGCAUCAACCAGGGCAGAGGGGGCGUAAACCAGGAAAGAAGCGGGGCCGGACACCCAAGCCUCUAAUUCCCCAUCCCAUCGCUACCCCAUCCAAGUCAGCUGAAUCUCUGAAAUUUCCAAAGAAGAGGGGUCCCAAACCUGGCAGUAAGAGAAAACCUCGGACUCUGCUGAACCCACCACCCACCUCACCAACAACCAGCACCCCUGAACCGGACACCAGCACUGUACCCCAAGAUGCUGCCACCAUCCCCAGCUCAGCCAUGCAGGCCCCCACAGUUUGUAUUUACUUGAACAAGAACGGCAGCACAGGCCCCCACUUAGACAAGAAGAAGGUCCAGCAGCUCCCUGAUCAUUUCGGGCCAGCCCGUGCCUCUGUGGUGUUGCAGCAGGCUGUCCAGGCUUGCAUCGACUGUGCUUAUCACCAGAAAACCGUCUUCAGCUUCCUCAAGCAGGGCCACGGUGGUGAGGUUAUCUCAGCUGUGUUUGACCGGGAACAGCAUACCCUCAACCUCCCAGCCGUCAACAGUAUCACCUACAUCCUCCGCUUCCUGGAGAAACUCUGCCACAACCUUCGCAGUGACAAUCUGUUUGGCAACCAGCCUUUUACACAGACUCACUUGUCACUCACCACCACAGAGUACAGCCACGACAGGUACCUACCAGGUGAAACCUUUGUUCUGGGAAAUAGCCUGGCCCGGUCCUUGGAGCCACACUCAGACUCAAUGGACUCCACCUUGAAACCCACCAACCUUGUCAGCACUUCUCAAAAUCUUCGAAACCCUGGGUACCGGCCUUUGCUUCCAUCCUGUGGCCUCCCACUGAGUGCUGCCUCAGCUGUGCGCAGACUGUGCUCCAGGGGGUCGGACCGGUACCUGGAAAACCGGGAUGCAUCUCGACUAAGUGGCCGGGACCCCUCCUCAUGGACAGUCGAGGAUGUGAUGCAGUUUGUUCGGGAAACUGAUCCUCAGCUGGGACCCCAUGCUGACCUUUUCCGUAAACACGAGAUCGAUGGCAAGGCCCUGCUCCUGCUGCGCAGUGACGUGAUGAUGAAGUACAUGGGGCUGAAGCUGGGGCCUGCGCUCAAGCUCUCCUACCACAUUGACCGGCUGAAGCAGGGCAAGUUCUGAGCAGGAAGACACGGCCUAGACAGCUGAGGGGUGAGCGGGCAGGGGCAGCGUUCUCCUCUCAGGAAGCAGGUGCCUCAUGGCGUUCGGGCCGCCUCAGGACUGCAGGAGGCUGUGUGGAGCCUCACUGCUACCCUCCUGGCAUAACGUGUCCUUCCAUGAAGGACUGAGGGGGCAGGUGAGGGGCCCAGGGCUGGCGCUGCUCUUCCCUCAGCCCUGCCUCUGCUCUGAGGUCCCCUCUAUUUAUUUCCCAAGCCCGCUGGCCUCUCACCAGGAGAUCAGACCCAACACCUGCCAUGUGGUGGCGAAGGGGCUGACCUCUGAGGCCUUGGAAGAUGGGGCUGAACUGACACCCGUGCCCAGUCCCCUCAACCUGCUGGGUUGGCGUGGCCCUCACUGCCCCACAGCUCCUGCCUUCUUCGGAGAUCCCCAGACUCCACGCUCACAGUGCAAACCUCUACUUUUUUAAAAAAGAUCUUUCUUAUUGUUAAUUUAUUGUUUCUGGCACUCGGGCCAGCCCUUCAGUCUCUACUCGUUACUUCAAACAGGGGGUUUCAGGAGGAGAGAGACUGCCCUGCCCUGGUCCCAGGGCACUUUCUCUGUGGGACGGACAGACCCAUAAAGUCUUGACCACAUCAUUCAGCAUGAGGAGGAGAGGGUCCCUGUCACCUUCCCCUUUCUUCCGCCACUGGGCCCUUUGCAGCACAGCCGCAUCUGUGGGAAUGGGGAUCCCCUGCCCCGCACUGUCCCCCAGCACAGCCCCUUGCCCCGGCCAGAACUGCUGCAGCAGCUCGGCUGAUGAUUUUAGGCUAAGAGGGCCCUAGAGUGGGUGGGAGGAAAGGGCCUCCAGGCUGGAGUCUGGCUGCACCCACUGCACUAUUCACACGCUUCCUUCGUAAGCAGGUCAGCAACACAGCUGCCCCACUGCCAUCUGGACUUAUUUU